GUAGCUCGCAUUUCCAGGCGAGCGGCGGCGCCCGCAGCACCUGUCGCGGGUGCGCGGGGCCGGGAACCCGGCGGCGGACAUGGCCUGGUAGAGGCCCCUGGGGGGGACGGUGCGGAGUUCGAUCCGGGACGGGGCAGGCCGAGGGGGAGGGAAGGUCCUUCCCGGCGCCGCCGGACCCGAGGCAGCAUGAAAAAGAACCAGACGGUGCAGGGCACCUUCAGCAAACUCUUCGGCAAGAAGCACGCCAACCCCCCCAGCACCUCCCUCUACGCCACCAACCCCCCCUGGAUUUUCACCCAGGAGGCCCCGGAGGAGGGGAUCCGGGACUUCGGUGGGAUCUAUUAUGGAGACAAUCGGUUUGACUCUGUGAGUGAGUCGGGGACAGCCACACUGAAAGCUCGGCCCAGAGUUCGGCCCCUGCUGACCUUCCUCCCACUGAAUGCCCAGGAGAACCAUGGACUGGCUGUGCCCACUCCCUCUGUCCCAGGAGGCUUCACAGAUAAAGAAGUGACAGGUACCAGCUCACUCGUCAACGGCAACCUCCGACUGUACAGCUCUGUAGGUGACCUAAGGCCCGGGCACUAUGGGCAGGACCCGCUCAUCCCCCCGCCUCCCCCGGGCCCGGCCCCAGGGCCACCCCCAGGCAUUUUGCAACCUCGAGAGGAGUCCCCCCCACCUCCGCCUUCCAUGGCUCCCCCCCCACCUCCCCUGCUGCUGGAACCCCCACCCCCACCCAGCACGGCCCCACCUCCGCCCCCAGUACUGGGGGCCCAGGCCCCCCUCUCCACCCUGCCCUCCCCAUCCACACCCACCCCUCCUGACUUCAUUCCUCCCGCCCCGCCCUUGACCUCUCUAGUCCCACCUCCACCUCCUUUGCCGGCCCCAGCACCCCCGGCAUCUCCACAUACAACGGGGACUCGCUUCUUUCCCCCUGGGGGUGUCACCAAGUGGAAAUCAGAGGUAGCACUGAAUGGCAGGCAGCCGGACACCCCCAGAACCAGCCCCCCCCAGAGCCCAGCUGAGCCAAAGGGGAGCCUCCUGAGGCCUAAGCCAGAGCCCCACCUCACUUUCCCCCGCUCAUUCAAGGUGCCUCCCCCAACCCCAGUCAGGACUUCGUCCAUCCCAGCUCAGGAAGCACAGGGGACUCCUCCAGAGGAGGAAGGGGCCACCAAGAAAGCCCCCAAUCGACUCCCACUGCCUCCCAGCUUCCACAUCCGCCCCGCAUCCCAGGUCUACCCCGACAGGGCGCCUGAGCCAGACCGCCCAGAGGGGCUCAGGGCUGCAGCCCCGGCCAGCCCCAGGCUGGGCCAGUCCCAGUCCCCGACUGAGGAACCCAUGGAGACUCCCCCGCCAGCCCCUCCCCUGCCCCCUCCCGCCCCCCCACUGCCUCCCCCAGCACCGCCACUUCCCCCAGCCGCCCCUCCCUUGCCCCCUGCUGAGAAGGCAGCCCCUCCACCUUCUAGGUCAACAAAAAGCCCCAAAUCCAGCCCUCUGGCCCCCAAACCCAAACCUAACCCCCCCAGCCCAGAGGACACGGAGGCUUCAGCGCCCGUGGACUGGCGGGAUCCCAGCCAGAUGGAAAAGCUGCGGAGUGAGCUGGCAGCCUACCUCUGUGGCUCCAGGAGGGAGGACCGAUUUGUUGGUCACCGGGCAGGCCCGACAGCGGCUUCUCAGGAAAAGGAGGGCAAGAAGGGCCCCAGCGUGCCGGAGAAAGAGGCUCCCCCCAGCCUGCCGGAGAAGGAGACCCUUCCCAGUGUUCCCGAGAAGGGUCCCUCCAGCCUGCCGGAUAAGCCAGCUGCCACCGGCCUGACCCUCCCCCCCGUGGACUAUGUCCCCCAAGACGCCCCAGCUCCCAGUGUCCGGCAGAUCCGGAGUGAGCUGGAGGCCCGCAUCUCCUCAUCAGCAGAGAAGGACACCAAGCCCAGUGUAGGGUCUCUGCCGCCCAAACCUCGGCUAGAAGCGGGAAGACCCUUUGAACACAGGGCUGAUAAUGGUAAAUUCGCUAAGCCUGUGGCCAAGAAUCUGCUGCCUCCAUCCGCCACCCCUCUGCCAACCACACCGCUUCAGUUCAAGGCCACGCCCGUGCCGGCCACACCACCUAAGCCCACACCUGGACCGGGCACACUACCUAAGCCCACCCCUGAACUGGCCACACCACCCAAGGUCACGGCGGGGCCAGCGAUGCCAUCCAAGGUCAUGCCUGCACCAGCCACGCCACCCAAGGUCACGCCAGGUCCAGCCACACUAUCUGCAGCCACAACUGUACCCACCACGUCAUCCGAGCUUACAGAGAAAAACCUGGUCCCUGCUGGGCAGUGGGAGAAGCCAAAACCCCAAGAACUUAUGGUGCCCCCCCAGACAGAGGCAGAAAGGUACCCCUCAGAGGCCAGCAAGCCUGCUACACUGGGAGCCCUCUCAUCUCCAGCCCUCCCACCAAAGAGAUCCCCUGGCGGUGAAGAGGCGGCAUUUCCCUACAAGCCCCAUCGCAGCCAGAAAAGCCCCAGCCACGAGGCUGCUGUGGCAAUGGCCCCGCUGACCACGGGUUCGGCCGGAGGGCCAGGGGAACCCGUGGAGGUGAAGGAGCCCCAGGGGCUGCCAGCCAAACCCCCAGCCUCAGCCCCGCCUGCUGAUGAACUGCUCAGGCACCCGGUGACCGGGGAGGUGGUGCAGCCAGGCUCCCCGAUGGCUCUGCUCCUUGCGGCCAGGCAGAGAGCACAGAAGGGAAGGCCAGGAGGGGCCGCCCUGGGCCGGUCCUCCCUGCCAGGGAGUCUCCGUGGUGGCCAAGGCGGCCAGCCCCAAGCAGGCUCUGACAGCAUCUUCCACAAGGAGGGCCGGCCCAACUCCUUCACUGUGGUCCCCAAGUCACCCAAGGAGGCUGAGAAGGACCCCCAGCUGGCCUCCUCAGCACAGCCUACGGUACCCAGUCAGUGGAAGCCCCAGCUCCCCGAGGACCCAGAGGGCGCUGAGCCAAACCACAGACACAACGGGACAAAGGCUGGGGGAAAGCCGGCAUGCUCCAUCCUCCCCCAGGGCCGCCUGCUGCCCAAAUCCUUCUCUUCCCCUCCUUCUCCUUCCUGCAAGAGGGAGGACGACGAUGACGAGGGGGAGUUCCACUUUGAGGUCAUCCCGCCGCCGCCAGAGUUCAGCAACGACCCACAGCCCCCCGCCCCGGCCAUCCAGUAUCCGGGGCGCCGGGGAUCUCCUCCCCGGAACAACUUCUCAGACUUGGGGCAGGCCUUGGCGCCUCGGGGCUUCUCGCGCUUUCCAGCCGCGGCGCGCGCGGGGGCCGGGGGCCUGGACCGCUUCUCCGGCGGGGGCGGGGGCCGGUCGCUCAUCAAGAAGCGCCUGUACGUCGGGGAGCACCAGCGCAACCCCGGGCAGCCCCGCCCGGGCACCGGCCGCAGCCUGAGCUCCCCCAACUGCUUCGGGCCGCCGCCUGGGGGCCCGGAAAUGCGGCGCGUCAAUUCGGCGGGCCGCGCGCCCCCGGGCGGCCUGCACGCGCGGAGGCUGUCCAAGGAGGGCGCAGCCCGCGGGGAGGCCAAAUUCAAGGCGCCCGGUGGAGACUACAGCUUCUCCCCUGCGGCCUGCAGGUCUCCCCACAACACCCCCCACUAUGGAAGCCCCAUCAAUACGUUCACCGUGAGGCCCGGGACCCGCCAUCCUAUCUCCUAUGCCUACACAGGGAACCACCGGAAAGCCCCAUCCUGAACCCAGGGUGUUCUCAGCUCUAUUCCAUGGGGUCAGAUCUGGGCACUUGUUUUUGCGGGGGUGGGAGGGACGCAGCAGGUGUCAGGCAGCCUGACUUAGACAUGCCGGACACAGACGGACGACGAGUGGGAAGCCGUGGGAAGAUCAAGAGUGGGCUUCUGUUUCCCAAAGCGCUGGUGUGGCUGCGGACUGCCUGCACGCGGGGAUGGGAGGGGGAAGGAGGGAGGAGAGGAGGAACCUUUAAGCGCCUGGAGCCCGAGUUUCCGCUAUCUGGUACUGUUUGCUUUAGCAAGACUUAACUUCAAGCAGUUUUACAAGCGUGGCCUCCAGAGCGGGUCCUAAAAGCAAGGGGUGGGGCACUAACUCUGAAUAGGAAUCCAUCCCAAUGGCUGUGAUUGUCUGUCCGGUGCUUCCAGAGGGCUGGGGCCCGGCCCUGUCGGGUUAAGGGUGCGGGGCACUACACGCUGAGCUCUUUAACCUCCACCAGUCCACUGUUUGCCACCCCAAGAGGUGAUCCCUAGGGUUCCUAGCAUAGAACCCACAUUGCGGUGGGCCCAGGAAUGUGCACAUAUAACCUGUGGAGCAAGUACUGGAACAGUUCUUCGCAUUGGCCAAGGGUGGGGCAGCGGGCUUGGUGGCUCCUUCUCCCUGGCCCGGGCCCUUCGCUACAGGCAAGCCUAGGGAGAGACGACUUGGCAAGUACGGGAUGGGAGACAGAGGAUUAAGUCUUGCUUUCCUACUCAGACCCAGGCAGCCAUGAUUUGGGUGGGGGACUGGGCCCAAGGAGCCAGAAGGCCUGGGAAGCUGGACCCCAAGGCCUCACAUGGCCAGAACCCAUCUGGGGAUUGGGAGGGGCCAUCCUACCCAACCACCCCUCCCAAUCCCGAUGCUACAGAUCCCCAAUAUUAUUGAGGCUUCAAAAUGAGUAGUGAAGAUGCCGGAAGACGGGGAGUGGGAGGCGGCAGAGCUAGGUAGUCCCAGACCCAAGUUCUUGGGACCAGCCAAGGCGGGCUGGCUCCGUAAGGAGGAUGGGCAGUGAGUGGCCAACCUCAGAGGAGCAGCGAGACAGCCAGGAAGCAGCACCCUGUGGGUGCACGACAUUGGACACUUUAGGACUUGAGGUCACCAGCCAAGAUACAGGUUGUAGGGACAGCAGGGAAGAGACACUUCAGAGAAGGAGAGCAUAGGCCCCCUGAUGGUGCAGGAUCUGGUCACCUGUGUUCAAGAAGCGAACCCCACCACAGACCAGCACUGGCCCCAUAUGUAUGUAUGUAUUGUCCCUGUACAAUGUUUUAUAAAAGAGUUCACUAACUUAUCUGCUGUGUAAGGUUUGAGGGGUGAGGCAUGGGCUCCCAGCUGCAGUAGGAGGGGAAGGGCUGGCUGUCACUUGGUUUGGGAAAUAAACAGGCCAGUGGGUACUGGCCUCAGCUCUGUGGCUAUGGA